AUGUGACAAUGUGAUACAUCAUAUACCGAGUUAAUGUAAACAAAUAUGAACAUGGAAUUGAAAUAUUACACUGGUUCCAGUAUAACCUGACCUUAAACAACAACAACAUGGGGACUGGGAUCCCACUUUUGAAUGAGUACAAGCAGGAAUUCUUUGCCAAGAGAUUUCCCCAAACCAUUCUUGGUGGCCCCAAACUCCGCCUUGGCUACGAUGCUCCUAUUUAUGUGUAUAUUAACCAGGUUCUACUAUUCCUCAUUCCAUUCAUUUUGGGAGGCACGGUCACGCUGCUCGUUGAAUUGGACACCAUUACCGAUGUCACUGGCGUUAUUCUGUAUGGGUGUCUCAUGCUGGUUGUUGUCAUGGUUACUCACAUUAUCACCACUAUUGUACAGGUUAAAUGUUCAUCAGAUCUGCCAUACCCUACGAAAAAGAAUCUUCUGGCUGAGGAAGAUGAAAUAGAUUUCAUGUCAUGUUGUGGAGUGGAAACAUUCGAGUUUAUUGUCCCCAGGAAAAAAUUCAUUGCAAACAUUGCCAUUCAUGCUGUGAUAUCAGGGUGUAUGUGUGGACUUGCCUUGUGGUAUCUCUUGCCGGCUACCUUGAAUGGAUUGUUCAGUAACAAUACUGGAGCCACAGUGAUUCUAUUUAUUUUUGGCUGGUUCACUGUGCUUGUGGCCCAGUACCCACUCACAGUGGCUGCACCACCAGAGCCUGCAACAUACAGGACAAUGGACACAUGGGAGAUAUCUCCUCUGACCAGGCCAUUUUAUAUCCUUGUAUUCUCAGCAUUUGAUCUUCUGUACAGAUAUGAGAGUCAGACCACCUUCUUGACCACAAAUCAGGCCCUCCAUAUUUUGUUUGUGUUCCUCCCCGUGUUAUGGACCUGUGGAUUCCUCCCCCCAGUGGACUGCUUCUUCCUGUGGCUGGGUGAGCAGGUCCAUGUUCAUCUCUUUGGGGGUUCUCCAAUGGCUUCAGAAAUCAGACUGGUGGUGCUGGUGGUCCUGUCUGUGGGGGUGUACCUGGGAGCCUUUUUCUUUUCCUCCUGCCUGGAGACAGUCCUCCUGGCCUCUCUGUGUGGAUACCUCCUCAGUACUGACCUCGGGGGGCUCGGAAACCAAAUUAUACAAACCAUCAGAAACAGAAACAAAGUAUCAGAUGACCAAGGGGUCAUUGCUAUGGACACAGGGGUCAAGGGGUUUCUUUGGGGUUGGGGUGUGUUUGAAUUUCUGUACCAUGCACUGAUGCUGGCAUUAGUUGGGGUCACAGCAGGAUUGUUAAAUUCUAAUUCACACACAAUUAAUGGAGAUGUUUGGCGGAUUCUAGGAUAUGUGACGAUUGGUCUUUGUGUGCUUGAGAAAAUAUUACGAGAUGUCCAGAGCGUUUACAUUUUCUUUGGGUUGCUGAGAAAUCGUCUGUUCCCAAGAGCUGCCCGCGUAGGUCGACCAUUCCAUGACAGAAGGAGGAAGAUGAAAGUUCUGGGGAUCACUCGCAGGAUUGUACUGAACUGGGUGGCUCCCUUGACCAUGCUGGCUUAUGCGUCCUUGUUAGUGACCAGUAGUGACCCGUCCUCUGUAUCAGCCACUAAGAACCUCAGCACCAUCACUUCUGUCUGGUAUAUUUUUGGUGUGGUGAGGAUCUUUAGAGCUAUUUGGCAGAAUACAGCCAACAGCCUGUUGGAGAUCUCUAUCACACACAUCAUCCUGGUUACCGUGACAUCAACCUCUGACCUCAUACUCUUCCCAAUCCUCUCUCUCCUGAUUGGUCUGUGCAGAGACAGAGCCACCCAGUUCCUGAACAAGCUGUACUUCUGUAUGACUAUCCUGAUCACCUCCUGGACAGAUAAGAAACAGAGGAGGGGAUCCACAGUGGCCCUGAUUGGGGUCUCCGUGUUUUUAUUCCCCCUGGUCCUCAGCAUGAUCACCCUGGCCUCGGCUCUGUCAGCCCCACUCCUUCCUCUGUUUACACUGCCUUUGUUUGUGAUGGGGUUUCCCCGUCCUAAUAAGUUCUGGCCAGAGGAGGUGGGGGCCUCAGCUAAUGUGAAUCCUGACACCAUGUUCUACAAACAGCUCACACCAGUGUUGAGUGGGGCACUCAGAACAGCGUUUGCAGAUGGAAGAUUGGGUGAGGCAUGUGUUGGGAAUCACUACUUGGUGAGGUACCAGGAUCGACUGGUGUGGAUCAUGAUUCUGGAGCGAGGAGCGGGCUACUGUACAGUCAGCAUUAAGGGCUUGGAGCUUCAGGAGACAUCAUGUCACACAGCUGAAGCCGCCAGAUUGGAUGACAUUUUCGAGGAGGCCUUCCCAGAAGACUUUGGCUAUUUUCCAGUCAAUCAUUAUCCAUUACACACUCUGACACUGGUGGAUGUUGAGCCGAUCAAGACAUACUCAGACGCUCGGAAUGUCCUGACUGGAAUCAUAGACCAGCCAGGAAGUUUUGAUAUCACUAUGUCAUCCUUUAUAAAAAGCCUUGUGUGGGUUUUACUGCAUCAUGUGAAUAAACUGAAAAUUAAGGAAAGAGAGAAAAAUAAAGACAAUGUGAGGAAAGGAACAGGAAGUGAAAAUAAUAACAAUGUGUCAGGGAGAAUCUCAAAGGCUUCUAUUCAUCACAAGGACAGAGCUGUGAUAGCUAUGGAGACUUAUGCUGGUAGGCCAUCUUCCUCUCAGCAGAAUAAAAUGAACACCUCCUGGGGGUCACUGGGAAGUUUUACUGACAGUAUUUUCUCUGAGGAUGAGUUUACAGACAGAAAGAAAACAAACACAAAGAAACAGGAGCCAAAGAAGUCCAUAUCUCCAGCAUUUGGGGCACCUGCUAAACCUGUUAGCAAGUUUGAUGAUGAUAUUGAGGAUUUAAUGAAUGACUUUGAACUUGGGCUUCCAGCCUUAGACAAAAAUAAAAAGACAUUAGGGACUAUCUCAAAGUUUGAAAGUAAAAAGACAAGUAAUGGAAUCUUUAAACCAGUGACAAAUUUGGCUGGUUCCCCUGAUUUUAAAUGUUCUCACUCUGUGCAUGUGAGUCUGCCCCAGAAGUGGCGAGAGUUGCCUCUGGAAUCCUCCCAGGUGUCUAGAUACCUGUCUAAGUUUCCCAAGGAUUGGUUCAAGUAUGUACUGGGGACACUAGACUGGUCAGGUGUAGAAGGACCUGUUGACCAGGUCAAAGAUCAGAUCGCCAGAGACGAUGUCCUGAUUAACUGUUACUCUCAACUUGUCAUGGCCUGCUACUCCAUAUUUGAUACCAACUCCUCAGUGGGUGGUGCCAGCACUUUAUAUAAAUUCUAUGUUGGUGAUCUGCCUUGGAAUGCAAUGUUAGACUGGUUGUCAGAAGACAAGGAGCUUUAUAAAUUAGUUCUCAAGGCAUACAGGUAUGGAUUUAAGAUGAUGCUUGAUCAGACUCUGAUGGGGGAAGCCACCACCCCCGGGGAGUUUGAGGAAUAUCUGAUGGAGUUUGACAAAGACUGGUACAUCGGACUGGAGAAGGAGGAGGAAUGGAAGUCCUCAGUCCUCAACUCAGUCCCCAACCUGUUCUCUCUGGGUCAUAACAAGGCACAGGGGACAUAUAGCAGUCGGCUGCUGACUCUGCAGGAGGAAAUGGUGUACAUAGGACGUCUUAACAGCGAGGCUGUGAAGGGACAGUGGGCUAACCUUAGUUUGGAGUUACUCUACUUCACCAAUGAUGACGAGGAACGAUACAGUAUACAAGCCCACCCCACAAUCCUCCGUAAUCUUACCGUACAGGCUGCGGACCCACCCCUCGGCUACCCUAUCUUCUCCUCCAAACCCAUCACCAUACCCACUGUGUGACAUUACAGUACUCCCUUGGGUCUGUAAGACAUCACCAUACCCUAUCUGUGUGUGAUGUUAUGGAAAUCCUCUGGACCUUUAUUGCACAUUGAAGGAAUUCCCAGGAUGGACGGUCAGCCGUUGGUUUUAAACAUUUGAACAAAUGCCCUACAAAGCCGCUGAAGUAAUUUUUCUUGGAUAAAAAUAUAUAUCAUCACCCCAUCCUUGGCUCUGAGUAUCUAGUCUUUUUUAUGGCUACAUGUUCUGCCCAGACACAGUGUCUAUUUUUUGAGGAUUUACUCUAAGUCUAUGAGAGGAUUUUCUUUCAGUGAAUUCCUCUUGUCAUAGCUCUAAAAAAUUUGUACAAAUCUUUUAGCCACCUAAAUGUAUUUAUACAUUGUGAAACAUGAGUACCUCUAAUCCUGUACAUAAACAUGCCAUGUAAAUAUUAUGUUCUAGAAAUAGGUGCACUCAUUGUAUCAUGUAUAUUCUCAUUGUAUCAUGUAUAUUUAUAUUGUCUGUUAAUUUAUAGGUCAUAUUGAACUCUGAAGAAGCAUUUGCUCUGUGAUGUCUGUGAUAAAUUGAUAUUUUUACUUAUUUAUCAGAAAUUUCCAUGCUUUUAUUUAUCCCAGCGAUUUUAAAUUGUUUUCUACACUCAAAAAUUUUGAUCCCAAGAAUUGUUACAGGUUCAUAUUGCUUAAAGAUGUUUGUAGACUGGAAAUACAAGCAAGCACAGGUACACAGUCAUAAAAUCAUUUUCUUACUGAUAACAUAUUAUAUUAAUAUUCUUUUUAGCGGCCAUCGGCAGAAAACAGCUUCCCCUAAAUUACGUACACUAAAUGUUUAAGUAAUACUAUUUAUUCAUGUCUAGCAUAUUCAGAUACUGUAAACCAACUAUUAUUCGCGUCAUCUUUUAUUCGCGAUUUGGUUGUUGAAAAUCAAUCCGUGGCGAUUAAUUUCCAUGACUCAGGAAACAUUAUCUACAAAUACAAAGCAAAAUAAAUGGUUCGCGGCGAUUAAUAUUCGCGAAUAAAUGUAGGUCGCGAAACUCACGAAUAUUAAUCGCACACAAAUAAAAGUUGGUUUACAGUAUGCUAUGAAUCAAGUUUAUGCUUACGUUGAAAAAGCAAUUUCCGCCAAAUAUCAUACAUGCUGAAUAAACUACAUUUACCAUGUUUACAACUAGGGGUAGGUUAUGUAGAUGAAGACAUUUUUCUGGUUGUUAAGAUCAACCACUUGUGCAUAGAAGUCAUUGUUUGUAAAAUGCUUAGGGCAUUAUAUGCAAUAAGUAAAUUUUCAUACAUAAUUGUAUUCAUCAACUUCAGUUUGUGACCAGCUUUAAAUGAUAUGAUAUUCAUCUUUUGAUGUAAUGCCAAAUAUACAGAAUAUCAAGAAGAAAUAAGAAGUAUUUUAAUAGAAAAUUUUUAUCUUUUUUAUUUUACCCACCAUAAAGUUUAUUUUAACAGUUGCACAUCUGUUAUUUGACAACAAAUAUACUCAGAGAGAGAAGUGUACAUGUUUUCUUUAUUUUAUAAACAUUUGUGAGCUUUCUCUGUUGAAAGAAAUUACUUUAAGAAUUGUACAAGAAAAACCUGUUUAAGUUUUUGAAGCAUGAUGGAGAUGUUAAAUAUAUAUGUUUUUAUAACUUGCAAAGAAAUUGUCAAAGUUUCCAUUUAAUUGAAGAGUGUACAUGCAUUUGAACAAAAAAAUCUAUGGAAAGAGUAAAAUACAUUAUUCUUAAAUUUUCAACUUGAUGCAAAUUGUUCUGAAAUAAAGUCCCAACAUCAGGUAUAUUGAAAUUAACCAACACAACAAUGAAAUCCUGUCCCAUUUUUUUUUAGAAAAAAAGGGGGGGAAAAAUGGAAGCAUGCUAAGUUCCAUGUUAAAACUGGUUUUUAUUUCCUCCAUUGUUUUUCAUAAAUAGGGAGGCAAUGUGUUGGUGUAUAGGAGCAUCCAUAUGAUUUACUGAAAACUCCGUUUUAUUAAUAUGUUGUUGUUUUUUUUUAAAUCCAUGAAUGAAUAAUUAUUUUGUGUUUCAUUGCACAGUAGUUUUUAUAUGACUGACAAUUUAUGUAACAGCCCCAGGUGUUAGGAAGCAUGAUCACUAGAUAAAUCCGUACAUGCAAUGUUAGUACACCCUUUUUGUAUGUUUUGAUGCUUUUAUUAUUUCCGUCCACAUCUGAAUAUUAUUUUUAAAUUUUUGUUUUGCGUUUUAAUGAUUUUAUAUACAGUAUUUUGAUUUUUUUAUCACUCUAUCUCUAUUAUACUCGAAUAGUUGUGGGAAAAAAAUGGUUAGAGUUCAAAACAAAGGAAAUGGUUACUUUUUUAAAUUUGAGAAAUUUCACAUCAAUUAUAAAUUUUGGUUAAGUGAAAAAAAAAUCAUAAAAUUUCCUAUUCAUUGUAAAAUAUAAUGGUUCUACACAAUUCACCAGACCUUUCCACUUCUACAUAAAUAAUUCUUUAGUUAAUCACAAAAAAAGGUGAAGGGUAAAUGCACAGCUCUUAAACUGCUAAAAUAUUUUCCAUACAUUUCUUACAAGUGUUUGUGAAAUGAACUUUUUUGUGACAACAUGGUUUUGUUGGAGGCAGAUGAAUUGUCUAUUUUUGUAUCUGAUGUAACUUGAAGAAGUGCUGUAAUACAUGUAUGUGUGCUGACUCUAGUCUUGUCUAAAUAAAACU